AUGGCAAUAUGUAUUACAAAAAAAAUUGAAAAUUAUUAUCCAGUUCCAGCAAUAUGUAAUGGAAUUUUAUUUUUUAAUCUUUUAAAUAUCGAUGUAAGUUUAAUUAACAAAUAUUUAAUUGAUAAAUAUAUAGAUUAUUUUGAUACAAGUUAUAAUACUAGAAAAUUUCAAUGGGCUAAUCAAACUAUACAAAAAUUUCAAUAUUUUGAUUGUAUAGAACUUCUUACAAUUAAUAUUUAUGAUAAUGCAAUUAUAGAACGAAAAGAUGAAAGAUUAAUGGAAAAUAUUCAAAUUAUAAAUAUACAAGAGCAAUCAUUAAAAUCAACACCAGAUUAUAUUGAUGCACUUUCAUUAAUAACAAAUAUACCAUCAUUAUAUAGAUAUUUGGAUCAAAAUAUUUUGCCAGUUAUAGCAGAUUGGUCAGGACAAUUAUAUAUUCGAAAAGCUAUUACUCAGUUACAAAAAGAAUUAGAUUAUUAA